CCGUAGUUUACAUGCAUUUGUUUGCCAAAGGACGAAAGAUGACAGAAGUCAAGACUUCGAAAAACUGGCGUUCCGGUCUCAGUGUUGCUGAUUGUAACAGAUACAUGCUUAAAAACGAGAUCCAUUGUGAUCUCUCAUUUAGAAUAGGAAAAGACGAAAAGCUUGUUCGCGCUCAUAAAUAUGUUCUUGCGAGCAGAAGUCCCGUGUUUGACGCCAUGUUGUAUGGUGGUCUGGCAGAAGCUAACGAAAUUGAAAUUCCUGACAUUGAACCACCUUCGUUUGAUGUUCUUCUCAGAUUUGUGUAUUGUGGAGAAGUUGAGGUAAAUAAAGAAACUGUCAUCGGGGCGCUCUACGCUGCUGAGAAAUACGAUAUUGAGGCGUUGAAAAAAGCGACAAUAUCAUACUUAAAACAGAAUAUAACAACGGAGACUGUUUGUACAUUUUUGGAAAAUGCCAAGUUAUUUCACUUAGAACGUCUGACUAAAAAAUGUAUAGAAUUUAUAAAUGAAAAGUGCUCAAUCAUUUUACAAUUACCGAUUUCCUUACAGAUAGGUAAGGACACCUUAAUGGAAAUUUUAUCCUCAGACAACCUAGAUAUUGAGGAGUUGAAAGUGUACCAUUUUCUGAUAAGUUGGGGUGAAGGUCAGUGUGAGGUCAAAGGUUAUGAGAAGUCGGAUGAAAAUAUCAGAAAUCAGAUAGGAGACGCCUUGUAUCAAGUCCGUUUCCAGUUCAUGGAUCUAGAUAUGUUUGUUAAAAACGUUUGCAGACGCAACAUUCUUACUUCGGAAGACAAAUUAAUUUUGCAGCAAGUGAUUGUUGGUAACCUGGAGAAAGAGAGCACAAAAUUCAAUCUCGGAAAACGAAAACCUGCAUUGAAGACCUAUAACGUUAUACGUAGAAGUAGCCCUCUUAAAGGUUCGUAUUCCGAUAAUAAAAGACUUCGUCAGGAUAGUAGGGGAUUUGACUCACGGGUACAUGUACGUACGUUUGAAAGAAAUCCUUUCCCCAAUAAUGAUACGUAAAAUUGAGCAUAACGUGUUUGCAAACUUGAUUAAAAUAGUAAAUAUAACCUACAUAGAAUGUAACUCGAGGAAAUCCGUCGGAUAUCUAGUUCAAU